UAAUUAUAGUUAUCUAGUUUCCUACUCCCUCAAUUCCAUAAUUCUUGUCGUGGGUUUAGUUCAAAUUUGGACUGAAACCAUGACAAGAAUUAUGAAACGGGGGGAGUAAAUAUUUGCAAUAUCUAACUUGUUGUAUUAGUAUGAUUUCAUGUUCGUUUCUUUUGCAGCUUCGCCAUCCUAAGAUUUUUUUCAAGCUCGGGCACUGCAUAUGGUCUAGGUCAACCCUCCUGUCUUUAUCUAUUAGUCUCGUUGAUUUCAGACUUUGACACCCUACAUUCAUGUUUUCUCCUUCCAAGCGUGUUUGACACUCUCCUGUCUUUAUCUAUCAGUAGUCUCAUAAAUUUCAGACUUUGAGACCCUCCAUUCAUUUCCCCCCUUCCUAAGAGAUAAUAAGAGCACGGUUUCUGUUGGAAGGACAGAAAAUUCCGGCGAGUGUUUGUCUAUCCAAUCCCAAGCUGAUAUGCGUGCUACAUUAUCCACUCACUGCAGUGGAAUUGCUCCGAACAGCAAUACACCUCAGCUAUAUCUGUGUGCUAUUUUCUUCCCUAGACACAAAAGGUGUAAGGAGACAGCACAAUGAAUGUGCACCAUAUUCCCAUCUUCUUCCUCCUACUCUUGAGUUCGUUCUGCAAAUCCGAUGAUCAGCUCACACGGGCAAAACCGCUCACCCACGGCGACACACUCAUCUCCAAGAGCGGGAACUUUGCUCUCGGCUUCUUCUCCACAACCAGCUCCAACAAGAGUUUUUACCUUGGCAUAUGGUACCACAGCAUCCCUGGCCCACGCACCGUUGUGUGGGUCGCCAAUCGAGACAACGCAAUCACCACCCCUUCAUCUACGAUGCUCUCCAUCACCACCAGUUCUGAUCUGGUGUUGUCUGACUCCAAAGGCCACGCUAUUUGGAGGGCUACAAGCAGUAUCACCACAGGAGGGGCGGAAGCUUACGCUUUGCUACUCAACUCAGGGAAUUUCGUCCUCCGAUUGCCAAACUCCACGGACGCCCAUGCCGUCGAGCGGCUCAUUGCUUGGAAGGGUCCGGACCAAAGUUCUCUGGGGAUUUUCUCAUGCGGUGGCGACCCUAGCUCGCCGACCCUUCAGAGGCUAAUAUGGCAUGGGACCACGCCAUAUUCUCGCAGCAAUUUGGUUAAUGGCGUGUCGGUGUCCGGCGGCACAUACCUCAGCAACGCCAGCUCCAUUGUGUAUGAAACAAACAUCAAGCUGGGCGAUGAGUUCUACUAUAUGUUCACUGUCUCUGAUGUCCUGUUUGAGAGGCCCAAAGCUGCUUGCGACGUCUAUGCCUCAUGUGGCCCAUUCAGCUAUUGCGACCUCACUAGUACUGUCCCGGCAUGCAAAUGCUUCGAUGGGUUUGAGCCUGACAGUCUUAACUUUUCAAGCGGUUGUCGGCGAACAGAGGACCUGAAUUGUGGCAAGCAAAGUCAGUUCAUAACUUUGUCUGGGAUGAAGGUCCCUGACAAGUUCUUACAUUUAAAGAACAGAAGCUUCGAUGAGUGUGCCGCCGAGUGCAGCAACAACUGCUCAUGUACGGCGUAUGCUUACGCCAAUUUGAGCAGUGGUGGUGCUAACGAUGACCCGACAAGGUGCUUGGUUUGGACAAGGGAGCUUAUCGACACAGGAAAGUCGACUAACUCUGGCGAGAACCUGUACCUUCGCCUUGCUGAGUCUCCUGUUGACAACAGCAGUCCACUAAAGGUUUUACUCCCGAUUAUAGCAUUACUGUUGUUGCUGACAUGCAUUGUCCUCAUCUGGACUUACAAAUUCAGAGGCAAAAGUACAGAAUUUCCAUUUAUUAGCUACAAAGAGAUCCUUUCAGCAACAAAUUUCUUCGCUGAUUCAAACUUGCUUGGACGGGGAGAUUUUGGCAAAGUUUACAAGGGCACAAUGGAAGGUGGAUAUGAGGUUGCUGUGAAAAGGCUUAGUCAGGGUUCUGGUCAAGGUAUUGUGGAGUUCAAAAAUGAAGUAGUUCUAAUUGCGAAACUGCAGCACAAAAACCUAGUCAGACUUCAUGGGUGUUGCAUUCAGGAAGAUGAGAAGUUACUGAUCUAUGAAUACUUACCUAACAAAAGUUUGGAUGCCUUCCUUUUUGAUUUUGGUAUGGCACGAAUAUUUGGUGCAAACCAGAAUCAUGCAAACACUACUAGGGUUGUCGGGACAUAUGGUUACAUGUCACCUGAAUAUGCGAUGGGAGGUGCAUUUUCUGUUAAAACAGACACAUAUAGCUUUGGUGUUCUUCUCUUGGAGAUUGUUAGUGGCCUGAAGAUCAGUUCACUUGAGCUCAAAACAAAUUUUUGCAGCCUUAUAUGUCAGGCGUGGAGACUAUGGGAAGUUGGAGAAGCAACUGAACUAGUGGACUCUUCUAUUGUCGUUAAUUGCUCACUUCAUGAAGUUCUACGGUGUGUUCAUAUCGGACUCUUGUGUGUUCAAGACCAUCCCAACGAUAGGCCACUAAUGUCAUCGGUUAUGCUUAUGCUGGAGAAUGGAAACACGCUUCUUCCAACUCCAAAGCAACCCGCCUAUUUUGCUCUAAGUAAUCGUGAAGGUCAAGAAGCAACAGAUAACAUGGAGAACUCUAUAAAUGCAAUUAGCAUCACAGCCUUGGAGGGUCGUUAA